AGACGAGUGGGCAUGGAUUCCAAAUCCAAGAUGACUAUGGCCUCUAUAAAAUGGCUUUUGCCCCCCACUUGAAAGUUAAAACUCAGUUGCAUUAGCAUCCACUGACUACUAAACUCUCAGAAAAACAAGCGCUAAACUCCCACUCCAUCCCCACUUCAGCCAUAUAUCUGCAAAUUUCUGAUCUGCAUCUAUUAUUGCACAUUGAAAAGUGCUUAUAAUAUAUAUACACAUAAAUAUGAAGAGGGGUAGUGAAUCAGCAGAAGGAUCAAAGAAAAGAAUGUCAAGCAGAAGUAUUGGAAGGUUUCUCAAAGAACAAAGAGGAAGGCUAUACAUUAUGAGAAGAUGUGUAGUAAUGCUUCUUUGCUGGCAUGAUUAAAUUGAUCAAAGCAAGUAUGAAAAUUAGAGAAAUUUAAAGAAUUAGUGGAGGGUUUUUGUUCUUGGAUUUAUAUUUUUUCUUCCGAAUGUAAAUAGCAAAUUAGGGAAUUCUCCUUUAAUUUUCUCACAUCAAGGAUCAUUUUUAGUCGUGUUUAUGGAUGGCAAAUGUUCUUCUACUCAGUUACAAUUUCCUACUAUGAAAAUUGUAGCUUUAUUCAUUGAUCUAUUACAAGAGUUCAUCAUUUCAUUUC